AUGGUUGCGCACCUGCUGGUGCCCACGUCGGGCACGACGGUGGUGGCCCUUUUGUGGCUCAAGGCCAUGGAAACGCUUCGCGACCGGGGCGUCCUCUCGGCCAAUGCGUGCCGCAAAUGGAUUCACGUCGGCACCGGGCCACUAUUUAUCCUGUGCUGGUUGGCGUUCCCGCAAGACGCUCAGGCGCGGUACUGGGCCGCGGUGGUGCCCGGCCUCAUCACCCUCCGCUUCGCCCUCCUCGGCUUGGGAGUGCUCAAGGACGAGAAGACGGUCAGAUCGCUGUCGCGAACGGGCGAUCGCACCGAACUACUCAAGGGUCCCUUGAUCUACGGAAUCAUAUUUGUGGUCUGUACGUGCGUGUACUGGCGAGACUCCUCCGUCGGCAUCUCCAUCCUCCUCAUCCUAUGCGCCGGCGAUGGGUUUGCUGAUCUGGCCGGACGCAAGUACGGUGGUGCGGCGCGACUGCCGCACAACCGGUCGAAGUCGUGGGCCGGCUCGUGCGCCUUCUUCGUCGCGUCGCUGGCCUUCCAGUGCGCCUACGCCCACCUGUUCCACGCCCAGGGCUGGCUGCGCGUCGGCCUGGCCCAGAGCCUGCCCACCAUCGUCGCCGUGACGCUCGUGUCGACGGUGGUCGAGUCCCUCCCGGUCAGCGACUGGGACAACCUCACGGUGUCCCUCGCCGCCUGGGGCUGCCACAAACUCCUGGGCAGCGUGUAG